AUGGACGGCAAUUACAACAAUUAUAGCUCCUUCGGCGGCGGCGGUGGAGGAGGAGGAUUCAUGCCGGGCGAGACGAACAGUCCUGCCGGAGGCAAGACCGGUGAUCGGGAUAACAAAACCCUUCGUCCGGUGACAGUAAAGCAAGUCCUCGACGCCUCGCAGCCCUUCCCUGAAGCCCCAUUCCAAAUCGACGGUGCCGACGUCGCCAAUGUCCUCUUCAUGGGCCAAGUACGCAACAUCAGCUCGCAGAGCACAAAUGUUACAUACAAGAUCGACGACGGCACAGGCGAGGUCGAAGUCAAGAAAUGGGUGGACUCGACCACCGCGGAUAACAUGGAUACCGAUGACGGCAAGGCGCCCGGCGAUGGGAAGACUGAGCUCCAGCUCAACGGCUAUGCACGCGUCUUUGGCUCCAUCAAAUCCUUCGGCAAUAAACGGUACAUUGGUGCUCAUUCGGUCCGGCCCUUGUCGAAUAUCAAUGAGCUGCAUACUCAUCUGCUCGAGGCUACUGUUGUGCAUUUAUUCUUUACUCGCGGCCCGCCAGGUAGCGCUCCUGCUGGCGGCAACGCUGCUGGUACUGAUGCUGUUAUGGGUGGUGCGGAUAACUACGGUGCCGGUGCUGGUCAGAACAAGGCUCUUGCUUCGAUGUCGCUUGUUGCAAAGAAGAUCUAUAACCUACUCAAGACUGAGCCUCAGGAUGAUUCGGGCCUACACAUGCAGGUCAUCGCUUCUAAACUGAAUAUCCCUGCGACCGAAGUGGCCAGGGCUGGUGAGGAGUUGCUCGGUGCUGGUGUGAUCUUCUCCACCAUGGAUGAGCAGACAUGGGCUAUUCUGGAAUAUUAG